UUAAGUCGCUAAAGAAUAAUUAAUAUGGCAAAAUACAGAAACACUUUCAUAACGCCAUAAACGUUCAAAAUUAGCUAAAUAUGCGCAACGGUGUGUAGAAGUUUUAGAAAUCUGAAUAUACAAAUUACUUUUAAUGCUGACCGUACAAAAUAAACGAGACAUGAGCAAACAGUUCGAACAAAAUUGUUUGAACACCCGGAAAGUCAGUGUGGUGCGGUCAUUUGGCCUGAUAACACAUUAUUUCUUGGUCUCUAUGGUACGUGGGGUAACAAUAUCGUGUCGAUAUGGAUAAUGGGAAGAAUGGUUGUUCAUUUUUGGACAAGGUCCUGAAUAUUGUAAAGCAGGAAAGAGCUUCUAAUACGCCGUUAAUUCGAUUCAAGCAUCCUAAGGAUUUGGAGGCAAUUCUAGACUUAGAUGUAACGAUAGGAGUAGAUGACGAGAAAUUGGAACAAUGCGUUCGUGAGGUACUGAAGUACAGCGUGAAGACGGACAAAAGUAUCUUCAGGAACCAGCUGUACGGCGGUACAGAUCCAUACGGACUAUCUGGCGCGUGGAUAGCGGAAGCAUUUAAUACCAGCCAAUACACUUUCGAAGUGGCACCAGCGUUUACCCUUAUAGAGUUGAAGAUGUUACGUCAUAUACUCAAUUUGGUGGGUAUUCCUAAUGGAGAUGGCAUAUUUAGCCCUGGAGGCAGUCUGUCAAUGCUUUACGGCCUCGUAGCUGCCAGGUACAAAGCAUUCCCAGAGGUCAAAAUGAAAGGAAUGAGAGCUUUACCAGAAGUAGUGGUGUUUACUUCAGAAGAUAGCCACUACUCAAUAAAGAAAGCUGCUCACUGGCUCGGAUUUGGCACUGAAAGUGUGAAAGUGGUCAAAACUAAUGAAAAUGGUCAAAUGGUGGUUAAAGACCUUGAAGAAAUGAUUCUGAUGGAGAUAAACUCAGGCAGAUAUCCUUUAUUUGUGAAUGCUACCGCCGGGACGACUGUACUGGGAGCUAUAGACAAUCUGGAGAUCGUUGCAGACAUUUGCAAGAAGUACGCUGUUUGGAUGCAUGUUGAUGCUUGCUGGGGAGGAAGUCUAUUGUUGUCACAGAAGCAUCGCAGUAAAUUGAGAGGCAUUGAAAAAGCUGAUUCAAUAUCAUGGAAUCCUCACAAGAUGACGGGAGCGCCGCUUCAGUGUUCUGUGUUCUUGGUUCGUGAAAAGGGGUUGUUGCACGAAGCCAAUUCUGCUGCAGCACAGUAUUUGUUCCAGCAAGAUAAAUUUUAUGAUGUCUCGUAUGAUACAGGCGAUAAGAGUGUGCAAUGUGGAAGAAAAAUAGACGCCUUCAAAUUAUGGAUGAUGUGGAAAGCACGUGGGGAUUCGGGUCUUUGUCAACUGACUGACCACGUGAUGAAAACAGCAGAGUUUUGUAUGGAGACUGUUGCCAGAAGGCCAGGGUUUAGGCUGGUCUCCGAAGUGUUGCAGUGCCCUAACGUUUGUUUCUGGUAUAUUCCAAGGUUUAUGAGGGAGAAGGAUGAGAAUGAAAAUUGGUGGGCUUUAAUACAUAAGAUCACACCGAAAAUCAAAGAAUUGCUCACAAUGUCGUCUCAGCUGAUGGUGGCAUACUCGCCGCUUCGAAACCACAAGAAUUUCUUUCGGCUAGCCUUCACAUUUCACCCAAAACUUGAAGAAGCUCAUGUAUUAGAUAUGUUACUGGCCAUAGAAGAAUGUGGCGAAAAAGUUACUAUGGCCAUGUUGUAAUAGCAUUAAGACCGGGUUUACCUCUUCUGUAGUUAGACUUUAAAAUAUUUGUUUAUCUAUUUAUCACCGCGCCAUUUUUCUUAGUGUACGCAGAGGCCUCGUCUAUCUCUAAGUAAAUUAGGAAAAAUUGUAUAGGAUUUUUUCUACAAAAUUAGGAUUCCUCGUUGUGUAAUUCAGAGACUUUUUUAUGAGAUUAAUCUAAUUCUAAAUGUGUUCUAUCUAACGACCAAAAGUGUUUGUAAAGGAGCAUUUCUAAAUAUUGGUAAAGAAAGAACCUACACUCCCUGCGUAGGUACUUUUUAAUAUCCAUUUCGUAAACAAUUUCAAGAAUUACAACGCAAUUUCUGUCCUCAGAAACCAUAACAAAGAUAUUAAAAUGUUAACAUAUUAUUAAUAUGUA